UCGUCCCAGCGCCGGCUUCGGCGCCCUCGCCGCAGCAUCCAGCUCAGCCAGGCCUCCCCGCCGCCGCCUCCCUGGGCUCUCCGCCUCCGUCGCUGCUGCCACCACCGCCGCCGCCAUUCUUGGCGCUGAGCUGGCAGGGCUCGGCCCCUCAGAGAGACGCCUCCGGCGGGACGCGCGCUCCAGACUCUGCUAAUACCACUGGGACAGAGUCAAGUCCUGACUGUUGGAAUGCCCAACCAUCUUGGUCCCUAGAGCAGAGCUUCCUGAAGAUUCCUUUCUAGAAGAACCCAGAACAACUCAAGAGACAUACAAUACUGGCUGGAAGGAAGCACCAGUGGCCUUUGGUGUGAGGUUGUGAAAGUGGCUGCUGCCCAGCUGACAAGUGGGGACAUGUGGGGACUUAGGGAACCCACCACUGAUGGGCUCUGAGCUGUGCCACUGGCCCCAGCCCUGGGGCUCUGAGUGGACCCUACCAGCACACCACCUCAGCCUGCUGCUGCCUAUGUGUGUCUGCUGCUGAAGGCCUCAGUGGCCCCUGCCUGUGAGGAUGCGUGCUCCCAUCUGGGGACUGCUCUUGGCCCUGACGGUGUUGUUGGAGAUGGCAGUGGCUUUUGCACCUGUGCCUCGGAUCACCUGGGAGCAUGGAGAAGUAGGUCUGUUGCAGUUUCACGAGCCUGGCACCUUCAACUACUCGGCCCUGCUGAUGAGCGAGGAUGAAGACACCCUGUAUGUGGGCGCCCGGGAAGCUGUCUUUGCAGUGAAUGCUCUGAAUGUCUCUGAGAAGCAGCAUGAGGUAUAUUGGAAGGUCUCUGAAGACAAAAAAGCAAAAUGUGCCGAGAAGGGGAAAUCAAAGCAGACAGAAUGCCUCAACUACAUUCGAGUGCUACAGCCGCUCAGCGCUACCUCCCUGUAUGUAUGUGGGACCAACGCGUUCCAGCCCACCUGUGACCACCUGAACUUGACAUCUUUCAAGUUUCUGGGGAAAAAUGAAGAUGGCAAAGGACGAUGUCCUUUUGACCCCGCCCACAGCUACACAUCUGUCAUGGUUGGUGGAGAGCUCUACUCAGGGACGUCAUACAAUUUCUUGGGCAGUGAACCCAUCAUCUCUCGAAACUCUUCCCACAGUCCCCUGAGGACAGAGUACGCCAUUCCAUGGCUGAACGAGCCUAGCUUCGUCUUUGCUGAUGUGAUUCAGAAAAGCCUAGAUAGCACCGAGGGUGAAGACGACAGGGUCUAUUUCUUCUUCACGGAGGUGUCUGUGGAGUACGAGUUCGUUUUCAAGUUAAUGAUCCCACGUGUCGCCAGGGUGUGCAAGGGGGACCAGGGUGGCCUGCGGACCUUACAGAAGAAGUGGACUUCCUUCCUAAAGGCCAGGCUGAUCUGCUCCAGGCCAGACAGUGGCCUGGUCUUCAACAUACUGCAGGAUGUCUUCGUGCUGCGAGCUCCAGGCCUCAAGGAGCCUGUGUUCUAUGCACUCUUCACCCCACAACUGAACAAUGUGGGGCUGUCAGCGGUUUGUGCCUACGCGCUGACCUCAGUGGAGGCAGUCUUCGCCCGUGGGAAAUAUAUGCAGAGUGCCACGGUGGAGCAGUCCCACACCAAGUGGGUGCGCUACAAUGGCCCGGUACCCACACCACGCCCUGGAGCGUGCAUCGACAGUGAGGCUCGGGCAGCCAACUAUACCAGCUCUUUGAAUCUCCCAGACAAAACACUGCAGUUUGUUAAAGACCACCCUUUGAUGGAUGACUCGGUGACCCCAAUAGGCAACAGACCCAGGCUAAUCAAAAAAGGUGUGAAUUAUACCCAGAUUGUGGUGGAUAGGACCCAGGUGCUGGAUGGGACCUUCUAUGACGUCAUGUUUAUCAGCACAGAUCAAGGUGCCCUGCACAAAGCUGUCAUCCUUGGGAAUGAGGUGCAUGUUGUUGAAGAGACACAGCUCUUCCAGGACUCUGAGCCAGUCCAAACUCUGCUUCUGUCAUCAAAGAAGCAGGGCAGGAGGUUUGUCUAUGCUGGCUCCAACUCAGGAGUGGUCCAGAGCCCGCUGGCCUUCUGCGGGAAGCACAGUAGUUGUGAGGACUGUGUACUGGCACGGGACCCCUACUGUGCCUGGAACCCAGCCACCAUGGCCUGCAUCACCCUGUACCAGGCUGAGGGUCCCAGCAGGGGGUGGAUUCAGGAGAUGAGCGGCGACACAUCCUCAUGCCCAGAUAAGAGUAAAGAAAGUUUCCGAAAGCAUUUUUUCAAGCACGGUGGCACAGCUGAACUCAAAUGCUUCCAAAACUCCAACCUGGCCCGGGUGGUGUGGAAGUUCCAGAAUGGCUUGUUGAAGGCCGAAAGCCCCAAAUAUGGCCUUGUGGGCAGGAAACACCUGCUCAUCUUCAACCUAUCAGAGGGAGACAGUGGCGUGUACCAGUGCCUGUCAGAGGAGAGGGUCAGGAACAAGACAGUCUCCCAGCUGCUGGCCAAGCAUGUCCUGGAAAUGAAGGUGGUCCCUCAGACCCCCAUGCUGCCCACCUUGCUGGCUGUUCACACCGAAGGUAGUAGGAUCACCUCCAAAGUGCCAGUGGCAUUCACCCAGGGGUCCUCUUCCCCAACUCCGAUUCUGCAGGCCACCUCCCCCAGGGGCAUCACCCCAUCUCCCAAAUACUCAUCCACAGGCACGUCCCGUGAACCAAAGAUAGUCAUCAACACGUUUCCCCAACUCCACUCGAAGACUGUGUAUCUCAAGUCCAGCGACAACCGUCUGCUCAUGUCCCUCUUCCUCUUCAUCUUUGUCCUCUUUCUCUGCCUCUUUUCCUACAACUGCUACAAGGGCUACCUGCCUGGACAGUGCUUAAAAUUCCGAUCAGCCCUGCUGCUUGGGAAGAAGAAGCCUAAAUCAGAAUUCUCUGACCUGGAACAGAGUGUGAAGGAGACACUGGUGGAGCCUGGGAGCUUCUCACAGCAGAAUGGUGAGCAGCCAAAGCCAGCCCUGGACACUGGCUAUGAAACUGAGCAGGACACCAUCACCAGCAAAGUGCCCACCGACCGCGAGGACUCACAGCGGAUUGAUGAGCUCUCUGCCAGGGACAAGCCAUUUGAUGUCAAAUGUGAACUGAAGUUUGCAGAUUCAGAUGCUGAUGGGGACUGAAGCCAGCAGCCGCAUGUCCCCUCCUGAGACCCCAUAGUCUGUGUGGAGAGUGUUGGAGUGUUGUGUUGAGCCCGUGCAGUAGCUGAGUCUUGUCAUCGUGGCGCCAACGCCGUCCUUCGUCUCUUUUCUCUUGGGUUGAGCCUGUGACUUGCCCCUCUUUUUUCCUUCUGGGAAACAAAUAUUGACUCCCAGUCUUGAGUCCUGCAGUUGUUGGAGCGCUUUAAGAUAUCCCUUCCAGCGGCAGCCCUGAUAUAGCUGAGCCCUGUGUAUCCUGGGGGCGAGAUGGCCACCUCCAUGGAUUGAGAAGAGAGACCCUCCCUCCUCCCCUCCUUGUAGCAGCCACUAAAAGAUAAUUUAAUUCCAGAUUGGAAGUGACCUUUUUAGUUUAUCAGAUUGGUAACUUAUCGUUUGCUGUCCAGAUUGGCACAAACCUUUUCUUCCACUUAAUUUUAGGACUUUGGCUUUGAUUAUGUUGAUGUUUUAGGUCAUUUUUUUUUUCAGUUACCGAAGGAGAUGUUUUAAUAUUCACAAGAAAAUGUGCAUUUCUAGAUUUUUGUUGUAUAUUGGGAUAAAAUGUGGCUUAUGUUGCUUAUGAUCUCAGGGAUAGACUUAUUUUUGCUAAACACAUUGUUUCCUGCUUUUAGAAGAGAGCUGUAGGCUGAAAACUGUCUCUUGAACUCACCUUUUUAUUUUGUGGUUUAUUUUGUUUUUUUACCUUAUUUUUUUGAAGGAAAUGCUGUUUUCAGAGAUUUUCUUUCUGUACUUUUUCUUCUUCCUGUCUUACAUCCACAAGGUGGGUUUUGAGUGAGGGCAGGUGGCCUGGUGGCUCUGGGUGGCGAUCAAGCUGGCCUGUGAGGGGAGGAGGGUUUAAACCCCAUGGCCCUGCGGCUUCCUGAAACCUCUUGUCCUGAUGGGUAGAGCCUUUAUGAGGGCGACCUUGGUUCUUGAUUGCUGCUGUUUUCCCUUGCUUCCAAUCUCAUACCACUGUCCGCUGGACUUCCGCCUUGGCCUCAUGGAGUUGUCUACCCCAAGACAGAAUUGGGCUGGGUGGAUGAGCCGCUGGCCUUGAGCAGCAACCACAGCACCCCGCUUAGGCGGCCAGCACUGCAGCCUGACUCCUGCCAGUGUCUUUCAGAAUGUAACUGGGCGGUACGAUUUCCACAUACUCCAUCUGUUUUGUUUUUCACACCCCAUUUCCCUGCUUUGUGCAGGGAGUGCGCACAUUCCAUGCAGAGCAGUGAACUCUGGAUUCCAUGUGCUGUGUAGACACUCAUCUUCUACAUGACAUGAUCUCACCAUUCAGUGUAAACAUUUGUGUUUAUAAGAUUUACUUUGUUUUUAUUUUUCUACUUUGAACUGUAUACAUUUGAAAAGUACCCAAAUAAACCAGAAGCUUUA